AUGACAGAUAUAAUGGAACUGGAUUCAAAUAUCGAGGUAUAUGUCCCUCCACAGGGCGCUAUUCGCUCAGGAACAUGCUCGCCAAGGCUAGAACGUGUAAGAUCGGUAUCUCUGGUAGAAACCAUUUUAGAAACAGUAGAACAACAACCCUCGACAACACAUACUAGUAUAUUUCCUUAUAGUUUAGUAUUAAAAGUGCUAACAUCAGAGCCUAGAGAUGUGCUACAGCUGGAAAGAACAUGUUUGACCUUUAUACGAUUCUCAACCGCAUUAUUCUUUACUGCCUUGGGUAUAAUCCUAAAUUUCAAAUUGGAUACUUCUGGUGACAAACAGCCAACUGAUCCCAGUGAUCGCUAUAAGAAGUAUCAUACAAGAUUUGCUACUGGAAUGUCAUAUGCUUUAUUGUUCUUUUCAUUGAUUGUUUUAAUAAUUAGUGGGGUUAAUUAUUUUAUUACGGUACUGAGAUAUGCUCAGCGUAAGAUUCAAACUUAUAGUUUUAAUAAUCUUAGUACGAUGAUUGUUAUGACUGGUAUUAUCAUAACCCUAGCGGCUAUUAAUAUAUCGAUGUUAAUAGAUGAAUAUCUACAGGAGUCUUGA